GGCCAGCUUUCACGAGCACUUCAUCAGGUGCGGGAGCUUGCGGCUAGCUGCUUUAUUACAAAAACACCAGGACAAGGGCUUUCCCGUGGUCUUCGUGAAACACAAUAUUUUGUAAAAAAUUCCACGACUCAACGACUGUGCUCUACGUGAAUAAACAAGUGAUUUUUGGUGCGAAUAAGUCACGCGUAGGACUGAUUAUUAUGGACUCCUUUGACUCUUUAUGUUUUGAGGAUAAAAAAUGCAACCAACUGGGGACAUCGAACAUCACCGAGUUGAUCUACCAUCGAAUGUGCAAUUGACUGGAUCAGAGGGUAUCGUAUAAUUAAUCACCUGAGGGAUAUGGCUAAACCCGUAAUUAUGAUGAUGCUGUGACACGCGGUAGUUGGGAUAAGCGACUAAGGGUGGCUAGAAGUUUCAGAAGUGCAGGAUGCCGCAGGGGAGUGUUCACUGGCAAGGGACACAGAGGCGAGCUUGCGGUCCUGGUGCUCACUGGAACGUUCAGGUGGUAAAGGGGAAAGUGACAACGAGAUGUCUAUGGCACGCCUGCAAAGCCCUGGGAAUAGGCCUUCUACUAAUGCUAUUGGGUGCCUGCAUGGCAACGAUAGGCUACUACGCUGACCAGUUGUCCGUGGCACAGGAGAUUAGAGGGAAUAUCACCGUUAAAGUGAAGAAUGAAUCGAGGGGAUUUCACCUCAAUAAUUUGAGCUACGCCGGACCAAUUGUCAUGGGUGUGGGAGGUUUCAUCGUAGUGGCAGCAUGUGUGAUGACCUUCGAGGCGCGUGAUAGUGCAGCUAAAGUCGUGCCAGCACGAUUUCGCUUCAAUCAGAACUCGACUCUCAAGUACGGUCGUCAUCAGCGGCCACGUCGGUCAACCUCGAGUCAAACGACAAAGUGGGACCACCAAUUGGGUCUAUUUCGCGUAAAUAGAACUCCAAGCCCAAGUGCCCACGAGAUAUCCCGGAAAGCCCUCACAGCGGAGUUCGUCAGGUUCUCCAAAAACCUCGGGGAUAAGGGAGUACCAGAGCAUCCAAUUAAGAAGAGUCCAAGUGCUCCAUCGUUAGUCAUGAAAAAAUCACCGUCAAGACGAAAAACAUCGAAAUUCGCAGCAUGCGCGUUGCUGAAUCCAGAGCUUUUGCAGCGACAUGCGGUGUCUGUUGAUAAUCCUGGGUAUAGUCCUCCGAGGAUUAGUCGGGAGAGCUUGGAUAAUAAUAAAAUGACUGGUAGUCAAGUAUCAAUGGCAAUGGACCUCUACAUCCCGAACAAAGGACCCGUUACGCUCAAGAUUAAGGACAGAUCGGACACUGCCAAACGCCAUCAACUUCUUCGGCAGGGGAAAAUAGAAGACAUUGAGGAUGAAGAAGCGAAGAGAAUGUUGUCACGUAGACAGCAUCAUUCAGAUUCAAUAGCCAGUCCAAUGGGAGCAUACAGCCGAUAUCCCAGCGACUAUGUGCCCCGCAAAAGAGCCUCAAUAGACCUCCGAUUGACGGAUGAAUACGGAGCGAUGGGUAUCCUGAGUCGUGGCAGUUCACCCAGGGAUUUCCGUAAAACCUCGUCCCCAAAUUUCCGUAACAUGUCGUUCGACAGAUCAUCAAGUAGAAAAGCCAGCCUCGAAUUCCGGCGUAGCCCGGACUUCCGCAGGGCUGACUACAGGUACAUGGAUGAGGUUGAAGUGAGGUCUAGGGCAAAUACCGGAGAAACUAGACGACAGAGACAGAAGCUUAAUCACUCAAAGUCCGAUGAUAACCGGAGGAGAUCUUUUGAUCGCUACAGAAGAGACUCUCAUCAAGCAAGCAGACACUCACUCAAUACACAAGUUGUUGUUGAGGGCUGUGGGCCCGAAUAUGAAUUGAAGUACUUCACUAGUUUAUCAUUGGAGAAGGACGAACGAAGAUCGAGUGUUACGGAUUCUAGUCACGUUGUGGAGAUUGAGGAGACGGAAGUUCAUGAUGUUAAUGUUUCCGAGGAAUGUAUCGGGGAUGAUGCAUUGCUGGAGGAGCCGGAGUUGGAGAACAUGAAUGAUGUUGAGGAGGUGGAGCAGGAUGACGGAGCUUCGCAAAGUGAUCCGGGGGAUAUUGAAAAGGACGGUGACUCGAGGGAAAUUCUUCUCAAGGUUGAAGAAUGAAGUUGAUUGAAUCCUCAGUUUUGAAGCUUUCCAGGCCAUGAUUAUGUCUGGCAUUGAUGUCGGGAUGAAUAUCUUUCCGAAUACGUCAUCUUGAUUGCGUCGAGAUUCGAUCAGUGUUCGGAAUAAGGUGGAUGAGAGUUAUGUCGAACGCUCUCCAAGAAUUAAAAACGAAUUAAUUAUGAAAAAUGUGGAUAAGUCACCAAAAACGUCUUUGAUUGUCUUGGUGAGGCAAGUGUCUUGAUUGAGAUAGACACAAUGUCUUAAAUUUGGAGACUUGUGUUUUGAGACGUUAUGAAAGUGUCUUGUCUAUUGAACGUCCCACUUUCAGACGGAAAAAAUCUCAUUUUCGUGUCUCCCGUUCGAAUUUUAGACGUCUUGAAGACACUAAUUUUUGCGAAAUAUGAACUUCGGUUCUGAGAUCCGAUGUCCAGGUAUAGCCCUCGCAUAUUUUUGCCUCCAACGAAAGCAUAAAUUGAAAGGAACAGGGAUUUAUUCAACGAGAUGGUUCAAUUGAUUGGGUCCAAUGACAAAAGCGAGGGAAACAGUUUUAUAAAUGGGGGUACUCCUGAAGCAUCUUCAUUGAAUCAUAUUUAAGUGAUAGGGAACGAAGCUGUAGCACCGGCAAGUGAUGCUUCUCGUUAUUAUGGCUGGAAAUGAGCUGGGAGAUCACCUUGAAUGCCGGUGUUUAAAGAAAAUAAUAUGAAGAAGAUUUAUGAAAUGAAAAGUGCAAAAAUAAACGACCAGAAACAUCACAGUUAUGAAGAGAUGAAUCACGGAUGAUGUGCAUUAUUCAGUAAAAGCGAGUGUGAAAGUUCAUCUCGAAGGGGAAAAUUUCAUUUUCCAGAUUCCGAAUGCGGAUAAACGUGAAUCGAAGGCACUCGUGACAGUGAAUACACUCGUAAAACGACUUGAAUGAUAUUUAGUGGGAAAGUUUUUCAGUGUCAAUUGUAUCAAACGUCACGAAUUGCGUUUUUGUCAUGUGACAAUCAACUUUUAAGAGCGAAUAUCCGAUUCCCUCCGUGAUCUCUGAAUUAUUCUUUCGUUUUGUUUCUUUCCAUUUGCGGGUGAAGCUCAAACUGCCACACGCAGACGACGAUGGUCAAUAGUCUUUAGAUUUGCGAACGGGAGGAAACGGAUGAAGGUGACAUGAUGGGGCACUUUUUUAAUUGAGUAAUGGAAGAAACGGAUGUCAUUCACAUGGUCUCUCAGGAAAUGACGGUAGAGUGCGUUUUGCAGGUGCAAAAUGUUGAUAUUUCGGAUCCUUUUUCGCACGAGAAAAUGCCCGACUUUUCUGAAAUGGUUAUCAUUACUGUACUUCAUUAAAAAAAUAGAGAAAUCAUUUCAGUUACCGACAACGUUGAAUUAUUGUCAGAUGUAUAUUUUGUACCUGUGACACAAUCGAAUUCAGAUACACGCGAUUUAGGGGGGAAUAUCGAUUGAUAAUCAUUAAAUAUUUGUAGAGUUACUUCCGGACUUGCAGGGUUUUGAAACGAACCUCCGGGUACCGUGAUUUUUUUCAUGAAUUAGUCAACUCAUCAAUCCGUGUCUGACGGCCUCAAGAAUGGAUAAGAAAAUUUUCAAGGUUUAAACCGGAUAUUAGGGCAUCUCUAGAGAAAGAAGUGAGAUACAACUCCAGUGUAACAAAGUAUUUCUAUCGCACACUGGUUUUAGCUCUCGUGUAAAUAUAUUUUUGUACCCUGUGGUGAUGUAACAACUGUUGAAAUAUUGAAUAUUGAGCCGUGCGGUACAAUCAUCGAAAAUUGUGGAGUUGUUCCGCAUUUUUUAAAUAAUUGUAGCUAUUGUUGGAAUCUACCCUUUUUUUAUCACGUCUAACUCGACAUUUCAUAUCAUAAGUGUAAAUCUAUCCAGUUUGUACUCUUCAAGACGACAAAUUUCAACUAAUAUACAAGUGGAAAGAUACCAAAAAUGUGGUAUUAACAUGUAAAAAUUGUUGUAUCCUUUGAAUGGAAAAUAGUACUACAUGUUGUACUUCGUUGUUUUAGAGGUAAGGGAGGAUAUAAAUGAUAAAUAGACACUAAGUAACAGAGAAAACAUAAUCGAGCUGUGAUGUAUACGUUUGUUCGUUAUCGUAAUCGCCCUGAAAAUCAGGAACAAUUGGUUACGGAUGUAUUCCAACCUUGACGACACUUGUUAAUCAUAUUUUUAAUCCAAAAAAUCGUCUGGAAAUGUAUCAUCGAUGAUGUCAGUAAUUGGUAAACUCAAUUAUUACUGAGGGUAUGUAAAACGAUAGUUUGUUGUGCAAAACCCGAAUUGUAUCCUUUGCAUGUUCAUUGUUGUGACAUAUCAAUAAACAAAAGAUUAACAAACCAUGAGGACAAUUUGUGCCAUCACGACAUUGUUUAUAUCUUUAUUGCAAACUGGCAUACAGUCGAAAUCACACUGGAAACUGCGAUUCCCGCGCUUAAAUUUUUCAAGUGAGUUUCUUCAGUUCUACUGAACAUUUCUUUACGUGAGAAUUUUUGCACUCAACGAAUACAAUGCUCCCAUUCAAUAUCAGUUCUCUCACCCAAACUUACCAUCGGCUUAAUCUAAUUAUCAAUAGCAGAAAAUAAUAAAAACAUAAAAAUAGUGAAAAAUCUAAUAAAUUUUUAAAAAAUCAAGUGGAUAGUAUUUGAUGUAAUACAAUUAAUACUUUGUACAGCUCCUGAGUACUUUUGAAGAAUAAGGAAGUACUCAUGGGGUAAUUCCUCAAGAGAAAAAUCAAUCAAUCGAUAAAACUUUUCGACAAACAGUGACAAGAAUUGCCCCGUUCGGUGGAUAAAACAGACUUAUUCCAGGAACGCUCAACC